CCGAUCCUCACAAAAGUCCGGUUUCCUUAUCCACGCACCGUUGAUCUCCACCGCGGUUUCCAUACAAGCUUGCACAGGAUCGUACGUCCUCGGCACAUUGGUGAUGCGACUGGACCACUGACGUGCACCGUACGACGCACAGUGGGCGUCGGGGAUGGGCGAGGUCCACGAGAAACCCGCGCGGAUGCGCUCCAGCUCACGCUCGUGCCGAUGCUCUUCUUCAUCGCGCUCGUGCGCCCAACGGACCCGCCGGGCCUCCUGCUCCAACACUUCCUGGCGCCAGGCAGCCCGCCAAGUCUCUUGGUAUCGCUCCUCCUGCGACCAGGCGCGGUGCAGCUCUUCGUGUGCGGAUGCUUCAUCGGCCCAAGAACGGCGGAGAGUGAGGCGCUGCUGCGGAUCGAGAGCAGCUUCGACAGGCCAAGUGGUAAGGGCGAAGCAGACAAACAGGAAUUGGACGACAAGUAGAACGAGGAAGGCCAAGUUCAAGUCCAACUUCCGUGUGGGGGUGGAGGAGAGAACGAUCGUGUUGUUUACGCUCCUUUCAGAGUACAUGCGUGGCGAGGCACCAGGUGGGAGCAGAGAUGAUCUCUCGUUCGUCUGAGACCUUUGUAGAGCCCUGAAAGUUCGUUUGAUAGUAUCGGAGCUGUCUCUCGGGAGUCGAGGCAGGCUCACCAGGCUCGACUUCGGGACGAGUCAUGUUGUGAAUAGGGUGGCAGAGAGUCACACCUGACGAAUGUCAGAAGAGAUCUGCGUCUUGCAAUACAGCACUGCAUACUGGGAACUCAUGACUGCCGGUGGACGGCUGGGAAGAGAGCAAAAGCGCACGAUGAGCGUGAGCGUCUAUCGAUGGGCACGUGCGCUAUGAUUGAAGCGCCGAACAAGGGAAUGCUCGGUAGCUUCCAUCACUUGCUGAGCGUAUAUUUCGUAGAUGUGUUCCUUGUCCUGUACUCGCGGGGGACGAACGAAAUCAAGUCUUGAUCUAACGUCUUGUGGGUACCGGUAAGUAAGCGGGAGGUGUGACAGAUUUUCUGGUCACGACAUCACUCACCACUCAUUCUGAAAAACCAUGAUCGGACUCAAGGGAACUUUGAACAUAAUAGACAACUCCGGCGCCCUUGUUGCCGAGUGCGUGAACGUAUUGAAGCAAAAGGUCAAUAACGGCUGGGGCUCGGUGGGCGACGAAAUCGUCGUCGUCGUACAACGCGCUCGCCCCGUGACCGCUGCUGCGUCGGCGUCCGUUACCGCCGUCAAGGUCCGACGUGGGGAUGUGCGGCGCGCAGUCAUUGUCCGGACGCGGAAAGCCGUGCGGAGACCUGACGGAAGGAUGGUGCGCUUCGACGACAAUGCGGCGGUGCUACUGAACAACAAGCGGGAAAUGCUGGGGACGCGGAUAGGUGGGGUUGUCAGUGCGGACUUGAGGAUGAAGGGCUGGGGCAAAAUUGCGAGUUUGGCGCCCAAGGUCGUGUAGUUCUUUGUUCCUAUCGCUAUCAUAUCCUUUGGUGCACUUGCUCCCGCUCGAGACAUGUGGAAACUCUCGCUGCAGCUUCCUAUCAAUGUGCCCGUGCAUUGCAUGACUGGCCGUGCCCCACAUUCUGCCCAUACCCAUCGUCAAGCCGGAUCACGCGCCCCGACCCAGUCAACAGUGUGCACACGAAGCUUUACCUGUGCCGAACCAUUGGCCCGGUCGAAGACACAGCGUUCCGUCUCGUGGAGAGUGUGUUACCGCCACACCCGGGAUCUCAUAGUCGCAGCUGAAGAAGUCGACCUGUGGACUUGCCAGACCGAGUUUCAGUAUAAGCUCUUCGAAGCCUGAGAUAUGCGCCAAGGCAUCCGCAAAGGAGAAGCGCUGGCUACGCAAAUGGGGAUGGCUGUAACCGGAGAACAAGGUUGCCGAGUUUGAAGACUGCACAGCGUGGAUUCUCGAGGGCGGAAGGAUCAACAGUGCACAUGCAUCAAACUGCCAUCGUGCGGCUCUGUAUGCCGGUUGGGUGCAUGUGCGCACCAUAUUACUGAUCGGCACAUCAAUGAGGAUCGGAGUCGGAAGUGUCGUGCAUGAAGGACAGCAAUAAGAUGGCGGACAGUCCGAGGUCGACACCAGCGAUGGUUGAUGACCGCGACACAGAGACGAUACUUGGAAUGCCUUCUACAGCCAGAACGAGCUAGAAGGCCGUGUGCGCGUCAAAGUGUGGACAGCGCCGAAGAGAUUUGAGGAAGGUCUGGAUCCACAUGAACGACCACGCUCAACGAUUCAUGGGUGUGGUAACUUGUCAAUGCGAUGGGCUCAGAUCUAUUCCAUUUUCGGCACAAAAAUACGUCGCAUCAGGAUGAUGUGUUCCCAUCAAGUCGCCGCGGUGGGGAUUGAUCCCCACGCGUGCCCUUAUUACGACAUACAAGUGUGACGCUUUCCACCAACGACACUCGCCCCAUGUCGAAAUUCACCACGAAAACCAAUCGCCCGGGCUACUACGGCAAAGGCACAGUCGAGGUCUCCCCAGCCGCAGCGGACAACGAGGGUCCCGUGCGCCGCCUUGCUAUUGCGUCAGACAAACUCGUGUCUCAACCUUUGGACGGAAUCAACACCGUAUACGACAUCCUCGAGUACGUGGCUAAGACACACGGCAACCGCAACGCACUCGCAUACCGAGACAUUGUCGACAUCGUCGAAGAGGCCAAGGAGGUGACCAAAGUCAUCGACGGGAAGGAGACGAAGGAGACGAAGAAAUGGAAGUAUUUCCAGCUCAGCGACUACAAGUGGAUCUCGUACGUCGAGCUCAAGGACCGGGUGUCAGAGAUUGCGAGAGGUCUCACUGAUUUGGGCAUCACCACGGACGAUGUGUUCAACAUUUUCGCUGCUACGAGUCUCAACUGGCAGCUCAUGGCACAUGCAUGUGGCUCUAUAUCCACGACCAUUGCAACUGCUUACGACACGCUGGGUCCGGCUGGUCUGACGCACUCCCUGAACGAGCCGCACUGUGCGGGUUUGUUCACCAACGCCGAAUUGCUGUCGACACUCAUCAGCGUCAUCCCCAACACCCCCUCCGUGCGAUAUAUCAUCUUCGACGGCGAACCGAGCGCCAAGCACAAAGCUGCCGUGGCCGAAGCCCGGCCGGAUAUCGUCCUCCUUUCCAUCGACGAGGUCAGGAAACGAGGAGCCGCUCUCCCUGUGUCGAUCCUCGAGUCGCGGCGUCCGUCACCGACUACCGUCAGCUGCAUCAUGUACACGAGCGGAUCGACAGGCGCGCCGAAGGGGGUGGUAAUCACUCACGGGAACCUAGUCGCCUCUGUCGGUGGAGUGCGCACGCUGCUGGGACAACAUCUGACGCAAGACGACGCGUUCCUGGCGUAUCUCCCGCUGGCGCACAUCCUCGAGUACAUCGUUGAGUUGUGCAUGCUGUUCGUCGGGAUGCCCAGCGGAUUCGGACGCGUCAAGACAUUGACUGACGCGAGUGUGCGUAACUGCGUGGGCGACAUGCGUGCAUUCAAGCCCACAAUCAUGAUUGGGGUCCCUGCUGUUUGGGAAACUAUCAGGAAGGGUAUUAUGGCCAAGGUCGCGGAGGGCGGAGCACUGAAAAGUAGCGUGUUCCGUGGGGCCGUAGAAGCCAAACGUCGUGGAUUGCCGGGUAUCUCUCAGAUUGCGGACAGUGUUGUGUUGAGCAGCGUGCGGGCUGCUACCGGUGGCCGACUCCGGAUUGCGAUGAGUGGUGGCGCUGCGAUCAGCAGGGAGACGCAGGAGUUCCUGAGUGUGGCUCUGGUCGUGCUGUUGCAAGGUUACGGGAUGACCGAGUCUUGUGGGAUGUGUGCUGUCAUGCCCCCUGAGAUCUUCCAGUUCAACACAGUCGGACUGAUUGUCCCUAGCAACGAAGUCAAGCUUCGGGAUGUCCCGGAAGCAGGAUACUUCAGUUGCGGGCGCAAUGGAACCAAGGUCGAACAGGGAGAAGUCUGCAUCCGUGGAAACUCGGUCAUUUCCGGUUAUUACAAACGACCGGACCUCAACGAGGACCCUACCAUCUUCCCUGGUGAUGGCUGGCUGCGAACAGGCGAUGUUGGACAGUGGAAUGAGGAUGGAACGCUGACGCUGAUCGACCGUAUCAAGAACCUGGUCAAGCUUGCAGGUGGAGAAUACAUCGCACUCGAGCAGCUCGAGUCGACAUUCAAAGGCUGCAACCUCGUGUCGAACAUCUGUGUGCAUGCCACCCCCGACGCCAAGGCACCGAUCGCAAUCAUCAUCCCGCACGAAGCUCACCUACGCAAUGCCCUCAAGUCGGACAAGCCGCUGGCCGAUCUGUGCAAAGACCCCAGUGCCGUCGCUCUCGUUCUCAAGGAAUGCAAUGCUGUCGGGAAGAAGAAUGGAUUCAAGCCAACGGAGACACUGUCUGCGGUGAUCUUGACGCCGGAUGAGUGGACACCCGAAAGUGGGCUGGUGACUGCCGCCCAAAAGAUCCAGCGAGUGUCGAUUACCAAGAAGUUCGAUGCCGAAAUCAAGGAGGCUUACAGGAAUCAGUGAGUGUGGGAGUAGAUAGUGUGAUCUUGACUGCUUUUGUACAAUACCAACCUCUACUUACCUUGCUGUUGAUCUUGUUCUGACUUGUGAUGAGUGAGAAACUCAUAUGGCAUUCACAAACGACGAAAGGGCUG